CUGGCCGACAAUGAAUCCUUGAUAAUAACUUUGCCCCUGCCCUGUCCAUGCGAUGAUCGCAAAUAAAUUGUGCAGGACUGGAGUCCCACUUUGCCUGCUAGUUUAGCACGAGAGCACAGUUCUCAUGGGUGGACAAACAUUGAUUUAGCCUCGAUCGACGUACAAAAUCCUUUCCCACGAAAGACUAGGCUGACAUAACUACACGCUCUCUUUUGGUUCGGGUUAGUUCAUUUUCGAUUAGCAGAUAAUGUGUUGGAAUCUACUUUGAAGUUUUUCCUCUACAUUGUUGUCUAUACCUGAAGAAAAUGUAUUCUGUUUCUGCACUCAAGGUGCUGCCUCUCUUUUCGUUGUUGUUAGUGACCGUCACGGAGGCGGUAAGAAUUAUACCUCGCGACAACAACUCGUCUUCCAUAACAUCUCCCGCGCCGCUAGCGUCUUGUACGGCAUCUUGUCAUGCUCUUAAUGGAAUUACGACAUGGCAUUGGGUCAAAGCUACGAUUACUGGGACUGUGACAGCUGCGACCGUGAUUUACAUCGUGGAUGAGCGAACAAAUCAGACAAGGACGACAACGAAGCUCAACACACUGCCAGCAAAUGUGACGAUGCCGCCAACUAAUGCAGCCGGCACGCACAUAUCUCAGAUCCCCGUUGAGACGGAGGUCGGGAAGACGACUACAGUUGAAGUAGCAUACCCAACAGAGUUUGUGGCGUACCCUCUCAGUUAUUACUGGUACGGAACUCUACCUACCACAGACAGUAACGGCAAGUCCGUGUGCUCGACUCUGGAUAGUGAAAAUAGAGAGUAUAUCACGUUCAGCUCCUACAAAACACCUGCCCAGGAAACGCCAACGUCGACCGACAGCGCUGACAAACCUGGGUUCACAUAUGCUCUUCUUUCAGAGGUCUGUUACUUCCGCCCGAUAGCAACAAUAAAUAUUGGCGACGCCGCUCCAACUCUUUGUUCCUUGGAAGCGGUCUGUCCUGAAGCUGCUGUCCAGACAGUGAUGUUCUUGACAGAGACAAGUGUCAGCCACGAGAGUUCUACACCAGAUCCAACACCAGAUCCAGCACCCGAAAACACAUCGAAACCAGGUACAUCCGCCACUGCGCUUCCAGAGAACCAGAGCAGCAUAUUUUCUCCAAGUCCGACAUCACCGCAGGGACAGAGCGGCCAAACCGGUCCAGCUUCCCCGGCUGGCCAGAUUUCAUCGGUGAAUCAACCAACUGUCACGCCUUCUCGUGAUGGCAGCCAGAGUACCAGUUUGUCUAGCUUCACGCCACUUCCCACGCCCAUUGUUUUGGGGGGCGAGACUGCUUCAUUUGAUUCAUUAACCAACCUUGUCAUUGGUUCACAGACCGUUUCACAAGGAAGUCAGAUCACUGUGGGUGCAAACACCGUAUCUCUUGCCAGCGGUGGAUCCGUAGUAGUUGUCAAUGGGAAGACUGAGUCUCUAGUCGUUGCACCAACUACAGCUGCCGUGGUGAUUAGCUUUGGCAGCAUCACGGCUACUGCUAACAGUGAUGGAAACUUCGUUUUCUCAACUCUGGGUCAUCAGACGACCGUCUCACUCUCCACAAAUGGUGCGGGUAAGACUGUUGCCGUUGUGGACGGCAAGACUGAGACCGUUUCAACUCUCCCAACAUCUUCGAGCAACGCAAUUGGAGGUGCAAUCGCAUCUGGGAUCGAGCUAUCCAAUAAAGGCCUACAGUUGAUGAGGGCGGAUUACACGAGGCUUUCGAUGCUGAUAGUUGUUCUCGUUGCUGUAGUUUGUAAUCUUUAAUCACCUAGAAGGCAGGGACGACUUUAAAUGGCUGAUGAAUAAAAUAAUGACAAGUUCUUGAAUAUCAGGGCCGUUGUUGCGACCAAAGGCUUUAAAUGAUCUAAAAAUCGCAUUUAAU